CAUGCUCCGCCGAGCUGCUGCGCUCCCGGCCGGCGGCGGUGGCAGCGGCGGUAGCGGCGGAGGAAGUUCUCGCUUUGCACUCCACCCCGGUAGCAGCUUUGGGGCCGAGGACAGCUUCCUCUGGACGCUCGGUGGGCUUAGCUGCAGCCUCACGGCGGUCCGACGGGAUCAUGGGGUUGCCCAAGGGGCCGGAGGGCCAGGAUCUUCCGGAGGUAGAAACAAGAGAAGACGAAGAACAAAACGUCAAACUGACUGAAAUUCUGGAGCUCUUGGUUGCAGCUGGGUAUUUUAGAGCAAGAAUUAAAGGCUUGUCACCUUUUGAUAAGGUGAUUGGAGGAAUGACGUGGUGCAUCACCACUUGCAACUUUGACGUGGACGUUGAUUUGCUCUUUCAGGAAAACUCUACGAUAGGUCAGAAAAUAGCUCUGUCAGAAAAAAUUGUCUCCGUCCUGCCAAGAAUGAAAUGUCCACACCAGCUGGAGCCCCACCAGAUCCAAGGGAUGGAUUUCAUUCACAUCUUUCCUGUUGUCCAGUGGCUGGUGAAGCGAGCCAUAGAAACGAAAGAAGAGAUGGGCGACUACAUCCGCGCCUACUCUGUAUCCCAGUUCCAGAAGACCUACAGCCUCCCCGAGGAUGAUGACUUCAGCAAAAGAAAAGAAAAGGCCAUCAAGACAGUCAUUGACCUCUCAGAUGCUUACAAGCCACGUCGGAAAUAUAAACGCCAGCAGGGAGCAGAGGAGCUUCUGGAUGAAGAAUCGCGGGUCCACGCCACGCUUUUGGAAUAUGGCAGGAGAUAUGGAUUUAGCCGCCAGAACAAAACAGAGACGGCUGAGGACAAGAAAGCGGCACUUCCCAUGGGGCUCUCGGCUGCAGAAAAAGCUGAUGCCCAUGAGGAAGAGGAGCUUCAGGCUGCUGAAGAGCAGCGUAUUCAGUCACUGAUGACCAAGAUGAUGGCCAUGGCAAAUGAGGAGAGUCGUCUGACUGCGAGCUCCGUGGGCCAGAUCGUGGGCCUCUGCUCAGCUGAGAUCAAGCAGAUUGUGUCUGAGUAUGCAGAGAAGCAGUCUGAGCUCUCAGCUGAAGAAAGUCCAGAAAAAUUAGGAACCUCCCAACUGCAUCGUCGAAAAGUCAUCUCCUUGAACAAGCAGAUUCUGCAGAAGACCAAACAACUGGAAGAGCUACAGGCAAGUCGUACCAACCUGCAAGCCAAAUAUGAGGAAAAAAAGAAAACGCUGACAGAGCUGAAGAGCUACAGUGAGAAACUGGACCAAGAGCAGGCAGCCCUCGAGAAGAUAGAAGCCAAGGCCGAUCCAAGCAUCCUGGAGAACUUGAGAGCCCUUGUAGCCAUGAAUGAAAAUCUGAAAAGUCAGGAACAGGAGUUUAAAGCACAUUGUCGAGAGGAGAUGGCACGGCUGCAGCAGGAAAUUGAAAGCCUGAAGGCCAAGAGGGCACCAGAUGGAGGUGAAAAGGACCUCUCUGGGGGAGAGCCGCAAGGUGCCCCGACCCCAGUGAUGACUCACCACGAAGACCUAGACAGGAGGUAUAACAUGGAAAAAGAGAAACUUUAUAAGAUUCGCUUACUGCAGGCUCGAAGAAAUCGAGAAAUAGCAAUUUUGCACCGCAAGAUUGAUGAAGUACCCAGCCGAGCCGAACUAAUACAAUAUCAGAAGAGAUUUAUUGAGCUCUACCGCCAGAUUUCAGCAGUGCACAAAGAAACCAAGCAGUUCUUCACUUUAUAUAAUACCCUGGAUGACAAAAAAGUUUAUCUGGAAAAAGAGAUUAGCCUGCUGAACUCAAUUCAUGAGAACUUCUCACAAGCCAUGGCCUCCCCUGCUGCCCGGGACCAGUUUUUACGCCAGAUGGAACAGAUCGUAGAAGGAAUUAAGCAAAGUCGAAUGAAGAUGGAAAAGAAGAAGCAAGAGAACAAAAUGAGAAGAGACCAGUUGAACGACCAGUACUUGGAACUAUUGGAAAAGCAGAGGCUGUACUUUAAGACUGUGAAAGAGUUCAAGGAGGAGGGCCGCAAGAAUGAGGUGCUGCUGUCCAAGGUGAAAGCCAAGGCCUCCUGAACAUUCCCAGGCAGCAUCAGACAUCAAUGAUGUUUUUUUCUAAAUGCCAUGUAUCCACUACAAGACCGUGAAAUGGUUCACAACGCUGCAAUAGAGAGAGGCAGAUGUGAUGACCUCAACAGCCUGGAUGUUUUCCUUCCCUUGUUGGCCUCCAUCUCAUCUCUCCAUUGGUUGUCAUCAGUGGCACCAGAAGGGCCAACAUUGUGGCUUGGGUAACACCCACGAUCAGUGAAGAGACGUGGGCAAUAUUUGUUCUCUGUGUCGAUUCAGCUUUUAUUUCUCCAAUAACAUUGCACAUAUGAAGGUACCUAUAUUUGUAUGGACUCUGAAUAAAGAGGAAUUCAUUUGUUCAGUAAGUGUUAAUUGAGCAACAGCUGAGAGUGAGCACUGCGGGAGACAGAAGGGUGAGUGACACAGACGCUGCACCUCAGGCUCCCAGCAUGUGACCCCAGAGCUGGACCAUGGGGAUUUUUUUUUUUUUCUUAGUAAACAAGUCUUUUAGCUGAAUGGCCAGCCCAUGUGGGUGCUGGUCACUUGGGCCUCUCACUGGCCCAUGGUGCCUUUUGUUCCUGCUCCCCGGCUCCAGCCAGCAGGCCUAAGGGUGUGGGAGCCAGAGCAUCUGCCCUCGGCUUCUCCCCCACAGUCCCUUUCAAGUCAUCUCUCCAAAACUUGGAGACAGGGACCUCAGCUUGAGGACAGUAGGUAAGACCUUAGCACACCCUAUUCUCGUGUGAGUCUGAGCCCACCUGCCCUGUGCGUGCCCCUCACUAAGAGCACAUCACGCGCCUCCUGCUGCUCCACAGAGCCCAGGGCUGGGCCCAGAGGUGGGCAUGCCCACCAGUCACUGCCAUCCAGGCCCCUAUAUAAAUCCCAGAGGGACUGGCCAUGAGCAGGUGCCAGAGGGUAUCCCAGCAGGAAGAGCAGCAAGGUGUGCAAAGAUCCCACAGCCUCGAGCAGGCAGGGUCUGGGCUAGAUCUGAAGGGGGAAUCAUAGUUUAGUAGCAGAGAUUGGUGAGAAGGCCAUUUUAGAUAAAGUAUGACCGCAGUUAAAACUCAGGAGGGGGCAGGAAGGGAACAGUCAUGCUUGUUGGGGGAAGACUGGGCGACGGGUCUCUGCAGGAGGCUUUAGGGAUCAGUCUGGGAAAAUGAGCCCGGAGCCACCUUUGCAGGGCCCUGAAGCAAAGGAGAGGGCUUGACUUUCUCUUCUGAAAUGAGCAGUCCAUUUAGAUGGAGCUCCUCCUGUCUGGACCCUCAAGCAUUGGCCAGUGCAAGUCAGUGAGCCCAGCACCAGGCUUGCACACAUAGCAUCGGCCAAUUUGGACCAUAAAACUUAAAUGCUUAAACAUGUAAAUAGGGCAUUCAGUGCAGUCACAGGGGCAUCAUGUUCAUUUUUAGUUCUCUCUUGUGUGUAUUAAGCAGGGCCAACGUGUAGUUUAGAGAAUCUCUGCCUGGAUUAACAACAGCCCUCGGCUUCUGUGCCCACCUGGCGAGGCCCUUCUGGUGAGGGGGUGGCUGUGGGCACUGGUGCUGGGUCUUGCACAACUGCACUUGGGUGGGGCCCUGGGCCAUGGGUGUUUAUGGAUUUGGACAGGGCACAAUGAGGUUAAGCAAGCCAUUGCCAAAGAGCAGAUGUUGCUCUGCGAGUCAGAGGAAGGAGAUAACGUUUGACCUUGAAGUGUUUUAGGUUCAGGGAAACAUCUAGGUUUUCUUGUCAACAAGUUCAUAGACUCACUCCCAAACUACCAACUUGAGCAGUUAGAUUAUCCAUGUGUUGUUCCCAGGUGGUGGGGAGGAGGAAAGGGUGACGUCAGGGUUAGAGUGGGGGCAUUUACUUUGGGCUGUUUCUAAGGAGUUUCAUUUGGUUUGGUUUUGGUAGAGGGAGGUAUCAGUAGAUACCUUUUCCCUUUCUUGAAUCCACAAGGCCUAAGCUAAUACAUUAGUUUCCAUUCUUUGAACACAUUUUGAAUUAAACCGCGGAUGCCAGUCUUGAGUUCCGUUUGCCACAGAUAAACCUACAGGGUAGAUGGUGCCUUUGUGAAUGAUGAGGACGUGAAAUGCGGAGAUGCCCCAAAGGCCCCGGUCAUUUCAGGGCUGCAUCCUGUGUACCCACAUUGUGUGGCUGGGUGUUUUUCUGCUAAUUCCACAAGCUCCUCUGGGGCGGAACAUGCAGUUGGGUUUCUGAAAUGUGUGCUUCAGGAGGAAAGAGCGGUCCGUGGUCUCCGCUGGAUCAGAGCAGUGAGCUUGCUGAUGGACCGGGGCUCUGGGAUUCUCGGGGAGCCUCUGGGUCAGGUCUCCCUUCCGCCCCACAUGCACCUGAGGAAAUACACAGACCUGCUUUGGUUUAAACAAAAAUCAGAGCUGCCGUGAGCGGAACUAAACGACCAUGAGCUGUCGGGGGAGACACUUGGUACAUAUUUCUUGCUGUCCUGGGCCUGCGUCCAGCUCAUGGGUCACUGGGCUCAGCUGGUCACCCUCAGGGGAGGUGCAGAAAACAACUGCGAGGCUACGUGGGGGGCUGUCUCCCUUUUUAACAGAGAGGGCACCGCCCUCUAAGCUCUCAUUAGCAUCUGCAGUGGGUGGUUUUAACUGGGUGCUGGCUCGCUGCCCACGUUCUGUGGAGAGCGGGUCCUGCCAGUGUCCACUGGGCCUGCAGUGGAGCCAGAAGGCAGAAGGCCUGGUGGACAGGAGGCCUUUCCCAGGCUAAGGAGCUGCUCCCUCAUAAAUACACAGCUCCCGGACCUCCUGAGACCAGGAAUUGGCAGCAGGGGUGCUCAGGCAAGCCUCUUUCCACCUCAUGCGGUGCCCUCCUGAGAGCUUGGGCUGUCACGUUGGUGGCCCUGAUCACCUCUGCAAGGACCAAAGCAGCCCUGCCUGAGAGGGCACUCGGCCGUCAGCCAUGGCCCGCAGGCCUGUGCCAGCCCAAUCUCAGUCACCUUGGCAUGGCUGGCCUCAUUGUGCCCUCUCUGAAGGUGACUGAUGGCAGUAUGAACAAGUGUUAGCAGUUACUUUGAGCCUGGGAUGCAGUUAGUUGGCCUAGAACCCACUCUGAGGAAGGACAGAGCAGGUCCUAGGAAGUGCUUCAUGACUCACUCGUGGCCAGUGUUGGGGCUACUCAAGGGAAAAGCAUGACUCACUUAGAGCCGGACAGUAACAAGCCCUGUGAGAUGAGGGCCCACUGUCUGUCCAAGUGGCCGGGUGGAGGCCCAGAGAUCCCCAGGUUCCCAGCCCAGGCCAUUCCCUCUUACAGCACACAGUGAGAGGCUGAAAAUCCUGUUAUCAUGAUCUCCUCUCUUCUCACAGUAAAUGUGUAAAAACAUGAGGGGGUAUUGAAUAGCUGGUCUGUGGCCUAUUUGAUGACAUGGGGACUUCAAUUCCUCAGAAGUGUUGAGUUCACACCUGUCCUUGUCUCUGCCUGGGCUGCUCUCCCUCCAAGAUCCUGGCAAGGGCUUUGCCGGACCCUCUGAUCCUCAUACAGACCCAUCAGUGUCAUCUUGUAACGCUGACCACAGGCUGCCCUUCCCCGCCCCACCCCCCCCAGCUCUGUCUUAAUGGCACGCAUUUGAUUCUCUUAGUCCUUUGCAGCAUCUGUUGCCUGCCCUCCACUCCAGGGCAUAAGGGCAGCAAAAGCAGGGACCUUGCCUGAAUUGCUCACCGUCGUCUCCUCAGCAUCUGGCUAGGAUGGAUCAUGAGGGCGUCCUGGCUGGAUAAAAUAGCUCCUCCAGAUUGUAACUGUGCCUCCCAAAUUAGCAAAGUGUAGAUGGAACAUAUUCUCAGCCUGAGAACGGGAGGCAGUUUUAUUCAGCAGCUUUCGAGGAUGUCUCUUAGAGUGCUGGCCACACUCACAGCCUUGAUGGUUGGGAUGAGAAAGGUGUCAGAGGUUUCAAACCUUACAAAGGAAUUACAUUUUAUAGAUGUUUUUCCUCCCCAUGUAGGAGGGAGUUGGGGGAGAGAGGGAGCACAUGAAUGUCAGAGAGUUACUCAUGACUAUGUUGUGGCUUAAAGUAAGCCAUGCACAAAGGUAACCAUGGCUGGUGGAAAUGACUGAGCCACAUGGAACCAAGAAGUGGGAAGCAGCCCCUGGAUACAGUGUUGGCAGAAGUAUGAACUGUACAGCUCCAUGGGACCCGGGGCGGGGUCGGGGGGGGAGUUGCAGUCAGACAAUAUCUAUGAGAUUAUCUAUCAAAAGUGCCAAUGCACAAACUUUCAUACCAGCAAUGCUGCUUCUAAGAAUGUUUCCUACAGACAAGUACUUUCAUUGCAGCAUUAUUUGUAAUAGCAAAAGUUUGGAAACUAUCACCAACAUAGGGCAAUAAAUGGUUAAAUUAUGGUGAAUCCGUACAAUGGAAGAGUAAGCCACACUGUAUGUUCUGUUGUGGAAUGAUCCCUUAAGAUGCAUGGUUAAGUAGAGAAAAAGAGGCUCUUGACUUUACUAGUGUUUGUUUCUAAAAAAGGAAGGGGAUGGAAGAAAAUGUCUCUGGCUCUAUGUAUACACAUGUGUGCGUACAGAUGGAGGACCUCCAGGAGGACCCCCUCAUAGGAACCUGAAAGCCUUGGUUGCCUCUGGAAAGAGGGGUGGGGAUUACCUUUCACUGUAUACCUUUUGUACCUUUUGAAUUUUGUACCAUGUACAUGUAUUACCUAUUCAAAAAAUAAAGUUUUUAAAUUUUAA